UAAACCAACAGACGCUUUUCUCGUUACCGUUUUCGUGGACGCCUGUUGGUAAAAGCAGACGGAGUGAGAGCUCUUCCGCUGGAGGAGCGUGUAGCAGAGCGUCAGAGGGAAAAUGUCUCCGCUUUCAAAGUCGCUGAUAUUGUCGGGCAGGAGGAUAGUUGCAGCGUGUGUGCGCAGGCAGCACACCUCUCUCACAACUGAGCUGAUUGAAAACAUGGACAAGAAAGCAACCUGGGACCGUUUCUACGCUGAGAGCAGCAGCAGGACAACCAGCUUUAAAAACUUUGAGUGGUUCUUCGGCUUUGAUGCUGUCCGAGACUUCAUUAUGCCCCUCUUGCAGACCAAGUCCCAUCCGGAUGCUGUGCUUCAAGUCCUGGAUAUGGGCUGUGGCACUUCUGCUUUAGGGCCUUGUAUCUACAAACACUCUCCUCUCCCGGUGCGGGUCACUUGUGCUGACAUUUCCCCCAUAGCUGUGCGACUGAUGCAGGAGGACGUCCUAGCCAAAGCCAUUCAACCUCAAAACCUUUCGUCUCAGCUUGAGUUCGUAGAGCUGGACUGCACGCAGCUUCACGAGCACUAUUCUCCUCGCACUGUCGACCUCAUAGUGGACAAAGGCACCACAGAUGCCUUGUUGAGGUCCAAAGAAGGGAGAGGGAAGGCGGGUCUGGUGCUGAAGCAGUGUUUGAAGGUGUUGCGGAGCUCAGGAUCUCUGCUCCAGUUUUCUGAUGAGGACCCUGAUGCCAGGCUGCUGUGGCUGGAGACUGAGGCACAGGAGCAGGGGGUGAUGGCUGCAGAUGUUGGGGUGCAGGAGGUUGGGGAGCUGAGGGGAGUGUGUUACUACUGUUAUCAAGUAACCCCUCGCCCUCUUGUAUAGCAGUAUGUCUACCGCUGGAUUAUCAGAAAAUCAAAUGAGUAAAUUAUUAAACAUGGUUGGAAUAAAAAUGAAUGUUUGA